GCGAAAUGGAAGUUGUCUAUGUACAGGUAACUUUUCGCAGCUUUAUUUUUUGAUUUUUUCACCGCUACUACAAAGACCACUCUGCGUGUGCUUAGAGCAGAGUAUGAAUAUCCAGUUUGUAUUUGAUUGAAUCCUUGAACCAUGUUUGAACACCUUUUCUCUUAUGUUUUCUCUAAUAAGUUUCCCACAAUGGUCCACACAUUUUUGAUCCAGACCAUAUAGAAGACCUUUAAACCUAGACAUAUAAAAUGCGGCUCUCAACACUCGUAGCGCUGGCGCUGAGCGUGGGUCUGGCGACGCUGUCGACGUGCUGCGACGGCAAACAUGGCCGCGAGCUCGCGAUAGACGAAGAUGACGAGUUCCGGCCGAGGCUGUACCGAGAGUACGCCGUGCGCUCCGAGCGCGGCGAGGACUCCUUCGACGACUACGGCCACCUGCGGUUCGGCCGCUCCGACGAAUGACCCAUGCGUCGACGACGCUACUCGUACAAACGCAGACACCGAUCGUAUCUUUAAGUUUUGAUUACUGAUAUGUCGAUUACCAUGUC